GUGGUGUGUGAUGAAUAUUUGAUUGAUGCUAAUGUUGAAAAAGGCCAACCUUUGGGGACUUUCGUUGAUAAUUGUGUAGCUAACUCAACUCUUGAUCUUAAUAAUGAUCAUUCGCCUAUUUAAAAGGAGGUAACCGAAGUUUCACCCCUGGAUAUGCUAAUUGGGAAAAUGGACGCGACAUAACUCAACUCUUGAUCUAUAAUUGGGAAAAUGGACGCGACAUAUGCUUCAACGUCACGGGCGUCUCCCCAUUUUCUAAAGGAGUUUCGGUGUCUUGGAAUUUUCAACCUUAAGGGAACUAAGAGAUGACGUCAUUGAUUUCGUGAAGAGAUUGAAGAACUGUAUGGCAGAUCACAAUGUGAAUAAUCAUCUAGGCAGUAUUCUAUUUCAUAGGCUAGGAAUUAUUAUUCAGAAAGGUGUUGGGGCGCAAAUUGUUGCGCGACUUCCAGCCAAGUCGUUGUAAUUUCUCUUUUGGUUUGCUUAAUAGAUGCCUCAGCGGCUCCCUUUAAUAAUAAUAAUAAUAAUUCUCCAGGAAGAUGGACCUAGCUCUGGUUUACACUUGAACAUCGCGAAGACGGAACUGUUUUGGCCAUCUUAUGAUACGAGAUGAGAUUUGGACAAUGUCUUUCCUACCAGUAUUGGCAGACCAGCGGGUGGUGUUACACUUCUUGGAGGACCGGUCAGCUUGGAUGGAGUUUUGCAGCAACAUUGUUCGGGGUCGGGUGGAUAAAACUUUACAUCUUAUGAAUAAUAUUCAAGAACUACAAGACCCCCAAAGUGAGUUGUUGCUUUUGCGUAGUUGCGCUGGUGUCUCAAGGUUAUAUUUCGCUCUCCGCACCACCUUCCCCGAGGCACUCCAGGUUGCAGGGUCUCGCUUUGAUGACCACCUUAUGCAGUAUCUGCGCCGGCUUGUGGUUGGAGAUGGGGCUGGUUUUGGUUUGAUUCAACAACGAUUAGCCACCCUUCCAAUCAAAGAUGGUGGUUUUGGCGUACUCACUAUGCAGGAUACUAUGAAGUACUGUUACUUAGCAUCUCAGGCUCAGACUCAACACUUGCAGAAUUCAAUUCUGAAGCUGCCAGCAACAACUGAACUGUCUCAAGGUUUUCAACACGCGAUACAAGGCUUCACCCAAGCUUGUGGUCUAUCCUUAUCCGAUUUCAACAUCAAUGACGCUGCCCCCCAUUUCAUGAAGUCUCUGGCAGUUAUCUACUUCGGUGUUGUCAAGGAAAAGGUACCCUCUUGCUUCUCGUUAUCUACGCGUGAAUCCACCAUUUGGAAAUGUAAUAGGGAAGAGCAUGCAAUGGAUUUUCUUAAGGCUAUCCCUAUUCCAGGGAUUAACCAAGUUGUUGGGCCUAGACAGUUCAGUUUUGUCCUACAGUAUCGUUUAGGGAUACCUCUCUUUGAGAAGGAUAGCAAAUGUGCAUGUUGUGGUAAACAUAUGGAUAUUUUUGGAGAUCAUGCUAUUCAUUGUGCUAGUGAGGUAGGGCUUAAAUUUAGACAUGACAUGGCCAAAUAUGUCUUAGCGGAUAUAUGUUACAAAGCAGGGAUUGUGGAUAGGAAAGAGGUGUCUCUAGGGCUUAUUUCAGCAUACAACAAGGAACUUCGGCCGGCGGAUAUCAUGGUCUAUAACUGGGAAAACAGCAGAGAUGUGUGUAUGGAUGUCACCGGGGUUUCUCCUUUUACUAGUGCUAGGACUCGCAACUUUAUACCAGGGUCUGCUAUUUCUGCAGCCAUCACUCGCAAGAACAAUAAGUACCUGGACAAGUGCACUUCACUCGGCUAUGGUUUUGGGGUUCUAACCUUUACCACUUUCGGGGAGCUUAGUCCUGAUUUAACAUCCUUUUUAAAGAGAUUGAGAAAUUGUAUGGCUAGACAUGAUGCUAAUUUUAAGAUAGGCAAUUCUCUUUUUCACAGACUAGGAAUAGUUAUUCAAAAAGGUGUUGGUGCCCAGCUUGUUGCUAGGUUACCCGCCUUCCCCUGUAAUACUGAUUUUGAUUCAUAAUAAAAGCCU